GUUUGUUCGUUCAUUCGCGCAACGACAACGAAGAAAUUUUCAAUGAUUGGUUAGUCUGUGUGAAAAAAUAUUAAAAUAGUGCAAACACACACAUAAAAAUACUUGAAAAUAUUUUAAAAAUACUCUUUUAUUGUUAUAUUCAUCAUAUUCAAUGGAAAUAUUAGGCAAUUUGUGCAAAAAGUGCAGAAAAAUACAUUGAGAAAAUUUUGCAGGGUGACUUGGAUGAUUUUCGCCGCUGAAAUCUUUCCACCACCUCAAGUACAAGGCAAGCAACGAGUAGAAAAGCAGCCACCGCAGUAACAGCGGAUUGCGAGAAACGCAUUCGCGCCGUUUCUCGUUUUGUGAGACCGCGAGUGACCGCAUUUUAUUUUUUACGUACAUAUGCGUCUAGUAAAUAAUACUAACUGAACAUUUAAUACUUAUUAUUAAAUUGUCACAAAAUAAGACGGCAAAAAAUAAUUUAAUUAUUGGCAAAGGGUUCGCAUAAUAAAUAAUAUGGAUGUAUCCAAAUUGGAUAAGAUGAAGGUGAUAGACCUUCGAAAGGAGCUGGAAACGCGUGGUCUUGAUACUAAAGGUGUUAAAGCGGUUUUGGUAGAACGUUUAAGGGCUUUUCUAGAAGAUGGCAUUGCAUUAGAAAGGGAGCCUUCAUUACGAAAAACUAAAGGUUCAGCACCCGGUACACCAGGAACUCCUGGUAGAAGAUGCCGCCGUACUCGGUCCAUGACCCGCUCUCCUUCACCUUCACCAGUAAAAGUUGCAGCAGUGGAACCUAAUUUGGAGACACUAGCUGAAGAAGAUGAUAAUGCUAACUCUGAAAGCGUCCCUACUAAAGAUGAGGUCAAGGAGAUUUCCAGUGAAAUAGAAGCCGUUGACGAGGAUCAAAAUCAAAACCAAGAAUCGGAAGAAAACGACCAAGAGGAGCACACAGAAUAUGACGUUGUUGAAAAAAUUGAUCAGAAUGGAGAAGAUUCAAAAGAGGAAGAUAUUGAAGAAGAACCCGAAAAUGAAGAAGUAGAAAAUCAACAAGAGGAAGAACGUGAUGUAGAUGGGGAACUUAAUAAAAACGAUAUUGAAACUCCAGAGGAGGCCCAAGAUAAUAAUGACAAAGAAAUGGAGGUUGAUCAAGAUAAUGAACCAGAAGAAGCUGUUAAAGAAGUUACUGAAAAGAACAAUGAAAAGGAGUUGGAAGAAAGUAAGCCAGAAGUUAGCCGUGAUAAACGCUCCCAUUCACGUUCACAUUCCAAAGAACGACGCAAUCGUUCUCAUUCUCGCUCACGUUCGCGUUCCCGUUCUCGGUCAAGAUCACGAUCACGAUCACGCUCUCGAUCCAAAUCUACAUCUCGCACACCGAAACGCCGAAGCGGCGCUGGUAGUCAAAGUACACCGUCUAAAGCAGAAGAGGCAACAAAUCCUGAAGAUGAACCUACCAUUGAAGACAAGCAAUUUGGUUUAAGUUGGUUCGAUUCCGAUUUACAUCUACGCAUAGAUCCGGUAACGUUCACAUCCGCGAAGCCCAUGUCACAUGAAAUAUAUUCAUUGAUUUGGUCUGGAGCACGAACAAAUUAUGGUGUGCGUGAGGGUAAAGUAUGUUUUGAAGUUAGAUUGGCAGAGGAGACCCAAUUAGGACGUGCACAUCAGUUUCGCGAUGAACCCCAUGUGCGUGGAUUUCGUGUUGGCUUUUCUUUGCCUGACACAACUUUAUUGCUGGGUGAAGCUGAAAAUUCGUUCGCUUAUUGUGAGACCGGUCGCAAAGCUACUAAUUCAGAAUUUACAGAAUUUUCGAAACCAUAUCAACUGGAUGAUGUAAUAGGAUGUUAUUUGGAUUUAGAGAGUACGCCUUGCAACAUUAAAUAUACCUUAAAUGGCGAAGAUCUUGGCGUGGCUUUUGAAUUUGACAAAAGUAUUUUGGGAGACAACGGUGCACUAUUUCCACAUAUUCUGACUAAAGGUUAUGAGUACCAUGUGAAUUUUGCUGACAAUGAAAAUUUGCUAGCGAAUGUGGAGAGACCGAAACGUAUGCGGCGCAUACCGAAAAAGGAAAAAGAGGUUGAGAAAGAAAAGGAUAAAGAUAAAAAUGAAAAACCUAAAGAAGAAACCAGUAAGGUCUCGGAAGAAGGUAGUGCAAAAUCUGAAGAGGAAGUUGAUGCUAAAUCGAAACCAUCCACCCUGGAGGACGAGGAAAUGAAGGAAAAAAAAGAUGAAGACAAUGAAACAACGGAAAGUGAAAAGGCCGUCGAAAAAACCGAAGAUCCUAAACCGGCAGGCGAGGAAGAUGAACCGACAGAACAAAAAACAAGCGAGAAAGCUGAAAAUGUUGAAGCAAAUGGUGAUAAUCACAUCGCAGUUGAAGAUAAAGCAGAAGAUAAAAAAGAAGGUGAAAAUGCAAAAGAUAGCAAGAAAAAGAAUGAAGAAGAUGUGGAUGGACCCUCACCAAGCAAACGUAAACGUCUUGAUGAUAGUAAAGAGAAACGACGUGAGUCUUCCGAUGAAGAUGAAUAUGAAGAAAUCAUACCGGAACCACGUGAGCCAGUCUCUCUAUUGACCGGUUAUGAACUGAUCGCAUUGAUACCAGAAGAAAAAUAUGUGCCUGGUCCGCAGCGACCUAACAGUCGGAAGGAAUGCGAAGUUAUUCUGUUAGUAGGCCUACCCGGUGCUGGCAAAACCCAUUGGGCAUUACAGCACAUCAAAGAAAAUGCCGAAAAACGUUAUCACGUGAUUGGAGCAGAUUCAUUGAUUGCCAAAAUGACCAUUGAUGGCUCGCCACGUAAACCCUUACAUAAGGGUCGUUGGGAACGUGUCUACGAAUUAUGCUUAAAUAAUUUGUCUCCAUUAGAGGAGAUUGCAACCAAGCGACGUCGCAAUUUCAUACUUGAUCAGACCAAUGCAUACGCAUCCGCACAACGGCGCAAAAUGAAAGGUUUCGGCGACUUCAAACGCAUUGCUGUUGUUUGCAUACCAAAUGAAGAAGAAUUGAAACGGCGCAACACUGAGAAAACAGAAAAGGGCAAUGCUAAUACAAUUAGAGAAUCAACAUUAAAUAAUUUACGAGCCAACUUUACGCUGCCAUCAAUUGAUCUGGAUUGGUUCGACGAAGUAAUCUAUACUGACCUUGGUGGUGAUGAGGCUAAGGCGGAGGUCAAACGAUACAACGAGAAAGGUAAGAAGGCUUUGGAUGAAAGUCAACCGAAUAAACGCAAUCGGCGUGAUCAUCGCCAGCGCGGAGAUGAUCGACGACAUCGCGAUGGUGGUGGUGGCGGCGGCGGAGGGCGACGCGAUUUUCAUCGUUGGAACGAUCGCCGCGGUGGCGGCGGUGGCCAUUCAGGUGGUGGUAAUCGCUGGGGCGGUGGUGGAGGUGCUGCCGGCUACCGUGCUGGCUGGCGAGAUGAUCGCGGCUAUGGCGGAGGCAGUGGUGGUGCAGGUGGUCGUGGCUAUGACAAUCGCAACAAUCGAUAUAGCAAUGGUCCACAGAACUGGUCGCAAAAUAAUCGUGGUUCUAAUCGCUAUGAAGAUCGUUACAAUCGCUCGGGCGGCGGUGGAGGUCGUUAUGAUUCUGGUGGCGGCGGAGGUCGUUACAGUUCUUAUGGUGGCAACAGUGGUGGAGGUGGUGGCGGACGAGACUAUCGUGAUCGCGAUCACAGAGAACGCAAUGCAGGCGGUGGUGGUGGCGGCGGUCGACGCGACAACUAUCGGUCCGGUGGUGAUAGCCAGCGGGAUUUUCGGCCUGGCCACCGCGACAAUCGUACAGAAGAUAGUCGCGGUGGCUAUGAGCGUUCGGGUGCGACCGGCGGCGCGGCCACAAAAUAUGGCAGUAAUACAAAUAAUGCUGUCGGCAGUGGAAGCGCCCAUGGUCAAACUGGCUAUCAUGCGCAGGGACAUGCCCAACAUAGUCAGUACAAUAGCAACAAAUCAGCGACUACAGGAAUGGGAGGUGGCAAGAGUUCAUCACAAAGUGGCGGAAAAUGGAGCUCCUAUGGCCAGCAGCAGUCACAACAACAACAACAACAACAGCAUCAAAUGUCCAGCGGCGGCAAUUGGCAACAACAAACGCCGCACCAUCAACAAUAUCAACAGCAGCAACAGCAACCUGCCGCACAGCAACAGUACUGGGGUUAUGGUGACAUGCAAGGUUAUGCCAAUGCUCAACAAGCACAACCAUGGGGAAACGCCGAUUCAAGUCAACAACAAGAUUGGCUAGCAUGGUGGCAGCAAAAUCAGCAGCAACCCCAAGCGACGGCUGGUAUGGGCAAUGCCAACGACGCGAACCAAUAUUGGUCACAAUACUCCUACCAAUCGACAAUGACGGGCAAUGGUAGUACUGGAGUUGACGCUGCUGGGAAAAAGUGAAUAUCCUUGCAGUAGCAUGCGCAGUGACAUAGUACAAUUUCAAUAUAUAGAAGGGGGGAAAUAAAAGGGAAAAGUAAAUUACAAAUUUUAUUGUCGUACACAUGCAUAGAACGCGUUGAAAUAUACUUUCAAUAAAACACCUUAUUCAUAAACCCAUGGAACAUACAUACACACACACAAAGAGCGGUGCAGAGAUUGCAGGAAUGCUUGAAAGCAUGUGUAAAGUAAUAUAGUUUCGAAUUAAACAUUGAUUACUUACCUAAAUACACCAGCUCAUGACAUGACAUGAAAAGACACAAAUCUACGCAAUUAAAAAGUAAAAAAAAAACAGUUAAAGAUACUAAGUUACUUGUUGCAAUAUGCCGCGAGACGCAUCUUUAUUCAACAUCAGCCAUGGACAACUUACAUUCUAAACAUGGAAAAUACAUUCAAUAAAAAUGAUCUAUGUAUAUGUCCCUCCGCAUAACUACUUAUCAAUAAUUAAAUACACCAACAACUCCCGUCAUUUUUGUAUAAUUAAAGUUAAGCAAAUUAGCGUAUAAAAAGUAUGAAUAACUUUCAGUUUAAAUUGCUUUCUACCAUUAUUACUGCUGCUACAAGUUUUUAUCAUUUUACUUAUUCUAUGUUCUUGUUCAUUUUCGUGGUUAUUUUAGUUAUUCAACUUUUUAGUUGUUCAACUUUUAUUUUUAAACUUUAAAAUGUUAAACCAUGAAGUUCAUUAGGAUCGUUGAAAUAUGAAAAUUGGAAACAAAUGUUC